CAUUUUUGCACAUAUAACCCACCCGUGACCCGCCUUCUUCAAAUCCAUUCAUCCCAUUUCUAUCAACUUUGUUUUUCGAGCGGCAAUGGCGAGGAAGAAGAUCAGGGAGUAUGAUUCUAAGCGUCUCCUCAAGCAGCACCUCAAGAGGAUCUCCGGCAUCCACAUUGACACCAAAUCCGCGCAGAUCACUGAGGCUACGGAUUUGAAGGAACUGGUUAGCAAUGAGCCUUGGCUCAGCUCGGGGAAGCUGGUUGUCAAGCCUGAUAUGCUAUUCGGGAAGCGUGGCAAGAGCGGCCUUGUCGGUUUGAACCUCGAUCUCUUCCAGGUCGCUGCCUUCGUCAAGGAUCGCCUUGGAAAAGAGGUGGAGAUUGGGGGUUGCAAGGGCCCUGUGACCACAUUCAUUGUGGAACCCUUUGUUCCCCAUGCUGAGGAGUAUUACUUGUCCAUUGUUUCCGAGCGGCUGGGGUGCACCAUUAGCUUCUCUGAAUGUGGAGGCAUUGAAAUCGAAGAAAACUGGGAUAAGGUUAAGACUGUCUUCAUUCCGACAGAUACAUGCCUUACGUCCGAGGUCUGCGCCCCCCUUGUUGCUACUCUUCCUUUAGAGAUAAGGGGCAAGAUUGAGGAGUUCAUUAGAGCAGUGUAUGCCUUGUUUUCAGAUCUGGACUUCACGUUCCUUGAAAUGAAUCCUUUCACAUUAGUGGAGGGAAAUCCUUAUCCAUUGGAUAUGAGAGGGGAGCUAGAUGAUACUGCCGCCUUCAAAAACUUUAAGAAGUGGGGAAAGAUUGAGUUCCCGUUGCCAUUUGGUAGAGUGAUGAGUGCUUCUGAAAACUUUAUCCAUGGGCUGGAUGAGAAGACCACUGCAUCUUUGAAGUUUACUGUUUUGAAUCCCUCAGGGCGAAUAUGGACAAUGGUAGCUGGAGGAGGUGCCAGUGUCAUUUAUGCCGAUACGGUCGGGGAUCUGGGUUAUGCUUCUGAACUUGGGAACUAUGCUGAGUACAGUGGCGCUCCAAAUGAAGAAGAAGUCUUGCACUAUGCACGAGUUGUUAUUGAUUGUGCCACUGCGAACCCUGAUGGCCGUAAGAGAGCUCUUGUGGUCGGAGGAGGGAUAGCCAACUUCACAGAUGUUGCUACAACAUUUAAUGGCAUCAUAAGAGCCCUAAAGGAGAAGGAAAGCAAGCUGAAAGCAGCGAGGAUACAUAUUUAUGUGAGGAGGGGAGGUCCAAACUAUCAAGCUGGUCUUGCUAAAAUGCGGUGUCUUGGAGAUGAAAUUGGUAUCCCAAUUGAAGUUUAUGGGCCAGAGGCAACUAUGACAGGUAUUUGUCAGCAGGCAAUUGAGUGUAUCAGUGUUGCUGCCUAAAUUUGAAAGGCUUUCAAAUGAAAAUCAUAUUCUGUUGUUGUAGCCUUCUAUUGGAAUUUUCAUGUAAAAUCGCUCAUAAUAAGAUAGAAGCCAAGUCGGGGGAUAUGUGUAAGCCAUCAGGCAAAUGCUAUUACUGAAUAAUUUGCUUGUCUGUGUGCUUUUGUGAGACCUCCUGAAUGAAUAAAUUGAGCAUGUAUGAUCAUCUUCUUUGUCCA